UACGGAGUCCUGGACAACAGAUCAGUGGCUUGGAGCACACUGUCAUGCCUCAUAAAACUACUGGAACCUGCACUUUUCACCGUAAUUGCUCACACUCGCUGUCGUCCUGUGCAGGUGGAAACUCGGUUGCUUUAUUACUGUUAAUCGCUAAAUAAGGAGGCAAAGAUUCAGCAGAGGUAACUGCUUUUCCUUUUCAAGCACAGGCUUGUCUGUUUGACGGCGAGAUUCUUACAUCAUCGAGAGGCACAGAGAGAGGGGGAGAGAGCGAGGAGAGUGAGAGUACUUGCACCAGGCUCCACUCUGUCAGUCCUGAACUACGAGGCGAGGCUGACGGACCUCACCAGUGGUACCGCCUCGCAGCUCCGCGUCCCCUUCCCCGUUCUUCUGCCCCAAAACCAGCCGCGAAGAUGCACCGGCACCGUCCUGUCUGCAGGCUGACGUUUUCGUCCAUCGUUUUGUGGAUUUUCUGCUAUGCCAGCGGUGUGCACGGAGCUCUGCCAACAAGCCAGAAGUGUGAUGAGACUCUAGCCUCUCCUCUGCCUCACAUGGCCUUCACCAGCUCAUCUGUCUUCUCCAAUGGAUACGCACCUGGAUAUGCCAAGCUCAACAGGAGAGGAGGUGCUGGUGGAUGGUCACCUCUGGACAGCGACCAUUACCAGUGGCUACAGGUGGACCUUGGAUCUAGAAAGCAAAUUAGUGCCAUAGCAACGCAGGGCCGCUACAGCAGUUCAGAUUGGACGACGAGGUACCGUCUCCUCUACAGUGACACAGGAAUGAACUGGAAACCAUAUCACCAAGAUGGUAACAUAUGGGCUUUCUCUGGAAAUUCCAACUCAGAGAGCGCAGUUCGUCAUGAACUGCAGCAGGGAAUCGUGGCUCGCUUCCUUAGGCUCAUACCACUAGCUUGGAGUGAGGAGGGACGGAUCGGUCUCCGCAUAGAAGUCUACGGAUGCUCCUACUGGGCGGAUGUUAUCAACUUUGAUGGACAGGGUGUUAUUUCAUAUCGUUUUAAGGUGAAGAAGAUGAAGAUCAUUAAAGAUGUGAUCGCAUUGAGGUUUAAGACAUCAGAAAGCGAGGGUGUGAUUCUACAUGGGGAGGGCCAGCAGGGAGACUACAUCACCUUGGAGCUUCGUAAAGCCAAGCUUCUGCUGCAGAUAAACCUGGGGAGUAACCAGUAUGGCUCCAUCUUGGGCCACACUUCUGUGACCACUGGCAGCCUUUUGGACGACAACCACUGGCACUCGGUGGUGAUUGAGCGAUAUCGCCGCAAUGUCAACUUCACAUUAGACAGACACACUCAGCACUUCAGGACCAACGGAGAGUUUGACCAUCUUGAUUUAGACUAUGAGUUGAGUUUUGGGGGGAUGCCAUACAGUGGGAAGCCAGUGGGAGGCGGGAGGAAAAACUUCAAAGGCUGCAUGGAGAGCAUCAACUACAAUGGAGACAACAUUACAGAUCUGGCCCGCCGAAAGAAGCUUGACACCUCCAGCUUUCGUAACCUCUCAUUCUCAUGCGUGGAGACCCACACUUUCCCAGUUUUUUUCAAUGCCACCAGCUUCCUGCAGCUGCCAGGUCGAGCCAAUCAUAACAUGGUGUCUGUGGGCUUCCAGUUUCGUACAUGGAACCCAGAUGGCCUUCUGCUCUUCAGUAAUCUCAAUGAUGGCACGCUGGAGAUCUCUCUGGAGGAGGGCAAAAUUAUAGUUCAUAUCAAUGUGACAAAAGCAGCCAGAAACCACCGCGUAGACCUGCCAUCAGGUUCAGGCCUGAAUGAUGGCCAGUGGCAUGCGAUACGAUUGGUCGCAAAGGAGAACUUUGCCAUGUUGACAAUAGACAGUGAGGAUGCAUCUGCUGUGAGUUCCACUUCACCUCUCAGCAUCACCACAGGAGGAACUUAUCACUUUGGAGGUUAUUUUCUACAAACACUCUUCCCACCAUCCCAGCGUUCAUUUCAGGGGUGCAUGCAAGCAAUCUUGGUGGAUGACCAACCUGCUGAUAUGCAUGCGGUGGAGAAAGGCACUGUAGGGGCUUUUGAGAAUGUCAGCCUGGACAUGUGUGCAAUCAUAGACAGAUGUAUGCCUAAUCACUGCGAACAUGGCGGUUGGUGCAAACAGACGUGGGACAGCUUCAGUUGUACCUGUGAUGGAACAGGAUAUAGUGGAGCCACCUGCCACACUUCCAUCUAUGAGCCAUCCUGUGAGGCCUAUAAGCAUUUGGGCAGAUCUUCUGAUACUUACUGGAUUGACCCUGAUGGCAGCGGACCUCUUGGCCCAUUCAAAGUCAACUGCAACAUGACAGAAGACAAAGUGUGGACUAUGGUUAUGAACAACCUGCCACCCAAGACUGUAAUUACGGGCUCUAGCAGAGAAAAACGCACGGUCCUACAGGUCAAUUACAGUGCCUCCAUGGACCAGGUGACAGCCAUCACCACCAGUGCAGAAUACUGUGAACAGCAAAUCGCCUACAGCUGCCGCAUGUCCCGGCUGCUCAACACUCCAGAUGGGACCCCCUACACGUGGUGGGUGGGCCGAGGCAGUGAGAAGCAUUUCUACUGGGGAGGCUCCAGCCCUGGCAUCCAGAAAUGUGCCUGUGGCAUCGACAGAAACUGCACUGACUCCAAGUACAACUGCAACUGUGAUGCAGAUUCUAAACAAUGGAGAGAAGAUUCUGGUCUACUAAUUUAUAAAGAACACCUGCCUGUCAGCCAGGUUGCCGUUGGUGAUACAAACAGACCGGGCUCUGAGGCCAGACUCACCGUUGGACCACUCCGUUGUCAAGGAGACAAUAACUACUGGAACGCUGCGUCAUUUACUACCCCAUCAUCCUACCUGCACUUUGCCACCUUUCAGGGUGAGACCAGCGCUGACAUCUCUUUCUAUUUCAAGACAAGUGCACCCUAUGGCGUCUUUCUGGAAAACCUGGGAAACACUGACUUCAUCCGUCUGGAGCUCAAAUCCCCCAAGGUGGUCUCCUUCUCUUUCGAUGUGGGAAAUGGGCCAGUAGAGCUAACUGUGCACUCGGCUACACCCCUCAACGACGACCAGUGGCAUCGUAUAAUGGCUGAGCGUAACAUCAAAGAAGCUGUCCUCCAGCUGGAUCAAACCUAUCGGGCAUCACGACUUGCUCCCACACAGGGACACACAAGACUAGAGCUGUUCAGCCAGCUCUACGUGGGCGCUGCGGGGGGACAGAGGGGAUUCCUGGGCUGUAUCAGAGCCUUACGAAUGAACGGAAUCACCCUCGACCUGGAGGAGAGGGCCAAAGUCACACCUGGGGUCAAGUCAGGUUGCCAAGGCCACUGCACCAGUUUUGGGAUGUAUUGCCGGAAUGGAGGAAAGUGUGUGGAGAGGUAUAACGGCUAUUUGUGUGACUGCUCUGAGACUGCCUACGAUGGCCCGUUCUGCACCAGAGAUGUCGGGGGUUUCUUUGAGGCAGGAACGCUGGUCAAGUACAAUUUCAUACCUGAAAAAGCUGCGGGUGCCAGCAAGGACACAAAAGCCUUAAUGCAACAGCUGAUGCCACAUGAAGUGAAUCUGACUAAAGAGGAGGUGGCCUUCAGUUUCAGUACAUCCAGUGCUCCUGCUAUUCUCCUGUAUGUGAGCUCCAAGACGCGGGACUAUCUGGCUGUGGUGCUAAGACAGAAUGGUUCACUGCAGGUACGCUAUGACCUGGGUGGUCUGAAGGAACCGUUUACAAUAGAUGUGGACCAACGUAAUCUGGCCAACGGACAGCCACACAGCCUUAACAUGUCCCGUCACAACAGGAGCAUCACUAUCCAGUUGGAUCAUUACCCUCCAGUCAGCUACAACCUUCCAGAUGCUUCAGACACACAGUUGAACCUGGUCAAAACACUAUUCUUAGGCAAAGUCUUUGAAACUGGACACAUAGACCCACUCCUCAUUGAGCGGUACAAUACUCCAGGUUUCAUCGGGUGUCUGUCGCGGGUACAGUUCAACGGAAUUGCUCCCCUCAAGUCUGCAUUGAGAACAGUCAGACAGGCUCAAGCCACACCAACAGCCGGUCAGCCUGACAGUCAGCCUGCAGCUGCCUUGCCUGUGUCAUACCAGGGCAAAUUGGUAGAAUCCAACUGUGGAGCAUCACCUCUCACCAUCCCACCAAUGUCUGCUGCAACAGAUCCUUGGCAUCUGGACAACACAGAUACAGAGUUUCCCUUCAAUGAGGAGAGAGUCAUUCCUGAUGGAGUUAACAGGGACUCCGCCAUCAUUGGAGGGAUCAUUGCAGUAGUGAUCUUCACCAUCUUGUGUACCCUGGUGUUCCUGAUCCGCUACAUGUUCCGUCACAAAGGCACCUACCACACCAAUGAGGCCAAAGGCAGCGGGGAGUCGGCUGCAGAAUCGGCAGAUACGGCCAUCAUCGGCACCGACAACCCAGAAACCAUCGACGAAUCAAAAAAGGAGUGGUUCAUCUAAUAGCUAAUGAUGGAACUCUGUAAGAGGAAAGAUUUUAUGAGACCAUCACUUAUUACAGAUGGAGGGAGUUUUAUCAGAGGACCAAUCACUGGAGAGAGUGAGUGAGAGAGAGAGAGAGAGAGAGAGAGAGAGAGAGAGAGAGAGAGGAUUGGCUAUUCAAUAGGACAAUAAACUUCUAAUGAAGGUGAGACAUGUACAGAAAUAUUUUUCUUUUUUUUUUUUUUUUUUUUUUUUUUUUUUUUAUUUUAUAUGCAGAGUAUUAAAAAAAAGAAAAAGAAAGGAGAGACACUUAUUCAGUGGCGCACAGAUAUAACAGAUUUUACAUGUAUAUACUAACCAGCUUGUCUUUCUUUGUAUCGUGCUUGGGAGUUUUCAGGAGUACUUUGAAUACUGUAUAUGACCAAUAAUUACACUUACUGGGUUGUGUGAUAGCAAAGAUUUAUUGCCAGUUCCUGUUGCAUUUUGAUUUUAUAUUUUAACAAAAAUCUUAUAUAAAAAAAUGAUCAAAGCAACAUGCCAAACCUUUUCUUUUUUAAUUUUCCCAGUCUGUCAACAUUCAUAACAUAGACAUGGAUGCCAAAUUACAAUAUUUUGUGUUUCUACUCUUUUCUUUUCCUCAAAAGAUUUAUUUAGAGUCCAAACGCCAAUAAGAAAUGUCAUAUCUAUAUUACACUUAUAUGUCCAUUAUACUAUAUGUGUGUGAUUUACAGAGUUUUAUGUUUAAAUCUGAAGACAUUCGAUUGUAUGGGACACUCCUCUGUGUAGCAGGGCAGAGGGGGGUUUCUCAGAACAUGAUGGCAAAUCAUGACACUCGACAGCUGGUUUAGCUCAUCACCACGGCAGCUUUCUUUGAAUUCAGAGUGGGCGAAACCCAGAGCCUUUACUCAUUGUGUCUGUUUGUUUUUGCCAAACACUUGAGUCUUAUUUCCGUUUUUUUGCAUGUAAUGUUUGGCUUUAAUUUUUGGAGUUUUUGUGUUUCAUUUCAUCUCCAACUGGCAUGGUCAGAAAGUGCAUGCAUCCAUGUGUGUGAACCAUAUAUUCGACAUGAGAAGUGUCAGAGGAAGCAGCUUGAGCAGUCACAUAGAUGCAAUCGCACUACUUGGCUGAACAGUAAAACUGAAGUUUAAUUGAUGCUCUUUGCAAUAAGUGGCCAGAAGCAGCAUGAAACAAUAAAAAACAAAGAUCUGAUUAACAGCUAGGACGAAGUUAACUUGAUCAUUGGCUAAUGAAUCCGCUGUGCCUUUGUCAUGUUAAGCCAUGUCGCCUUGCCCCACACUACUUAACUCCAGCUCGCCACAAAAAAACUUUGCUGCUGCAAGAAAUCUUUUCAGGUCUUCUUUUGCUUCCUCUUUUUAAAUGGUGCUUUUUAAUUUCCAAUAAAUCCCUAACUAACUCAACUUGACCUUAAAUUCAGAGUGCUUGGUUGCAAAAGAAACUAGAAAAAAAUCCUGCAAAUUGUUUUCAAAUUAUUAAACAGGUGGAAUUUUCAUUGAAAGCUGUGCAGAUUUGAACAGCUGCACAGAUGUGCAAGAGACCUGUACAAAAACAUGAGGGGUUUCCACCUACAACACAAACAUGCAUGUUCGAUAAAGCAUGAGUCGAGAUUGUUCCAAGACCGUUAUGUUAAGAAUGAGAAGGUGCAGGUUUGAGCUUUACUCUGUUGUCCCAACAUGCAUUCAAAUGAUACACAAGUUCUGUUUUCUGGCCAUGUUUUUCCUCUGUUAUCUUUACCCUUCACCUGUGUUACAGUUUAAACCAGCUGCCAAGUAUGUAAUUUUCUUGUGAGUUUGUUUUCUUUUCUUUUUAUGUAUGUCUGUUUGGUCAACUUCAGCUUUCACAUGGGAUCAUUUUUGUUCAUGAUGAUCAUCAUUAUCAUCACGGAGGUUGUGUGCAAACUGUGGAUCAUUUUAUCAGAAACAUAAGGGCAGCUGAUGAGCUUAGCCUGCCUUACUGAGGCCUCAAAGAACCCUUUUUCUGUUCUCACAUCACAUCCCUUCAGGCAAAUGAGUGAGCCUACUUUUCUUCUUUUUUUAAAACAAUUGCAUUAGUCAGGCUCCACAUAAACGUGCGCACACACCCUUGAAAUGUGGUUUUAACUUAACAGCAAUGAAAAUGGCUUAUCAGCACCGGCAGACUAAACCAUAACCCGUAUGUUUUGCUUUCAGUUCUACUGAGUUCAUUAAAGAGUGUUUGAUCAAUAAAAAUGUCCCCUGUGUUUUUCAUAACAUAUUUAUAUGCAGUAUAA